AUGUCCCCCACCCGAACUGUAAUAGGCCAUAGUAGCCCGCUUCUCACACGUGAGCUAGGUUUUACAAGACAAUCUGCCUUUCCUAAUAUGUGUCCUGUAAAUGCAUGCUCCCCGGCACUUUUCAAAUACAAUAAUGUUUAUUUCUCCAUGCGAAUAAUAGAGCUCUUUGAUUCCCACUGCUAUCACAAAAACCGCGCGGCGAAGGACGUACCCUUGAAGGUUUCCCAUUCCCUUCCCGAUAUAGUACACAGAAAAGGAAUCAUGGCUCGCGACAUCGUGAAAGCGGCCAAGUCCGCAUCCAAUGUGAUAGCCGUUCAUAAGAAAUAUACUGUCCAAUCCACAGGGAUAUGGGAACGCAUUCGCCGCCUCCUUGCCGUCGACCCGAAUCGCUCCACUGGUGUUCCCUUGAACGCUCAGUAUCGUCUACCGACCCCUGGAGCUCUUCCUCCUCUAUCCUACGAUGAUCCGGUUACUGUUCCGGCCGGUGAUUUGGCUGACAAUCCCUACUGGAAACGUGAUACUCGGAGGAAUUAUCCCCGGCUUAGUGCGGUCAGUCAGGCGGAUGCUGUUGGCCUUCUCAGUGUAGGCAGUCAAGCUGCCCCCAAGGAUGACGUCCUUCAGAUCGGUGAGGCAGGAGAGAAACAAUUGGUAUCUGUCAAGCAACAGGCCGAAGAGCGCGGCCUUGCUGGUCUGUUCGAGAAGGACAAGAAUGGAAUUAAAGAAGUUCUGGGCGCCAAUGGUUUGCCUCCGCUGCCAUGCAACUUGAACCCUACUGGUGGUAAAUAUCAGCUCGGCCAUGACCAUGGCUAUCCCAAUAUCUACCCCUGCCGCACUUUCGUUUAG